AUGGCUCGUCCCAGGUUACCGUUGUUAUACGGCGUGUUCCAAUUCUGCUGUCGCCUGGUCCUCGUCGUCAUCGAAGUCUGCGCCCUCGCAUCCCUCAUCACUCUUUCCCGCUAUGGGGAGAGCCUGCCUAUAGGCUAUGUAGCCGUUCUCUUCGGUAUCCUCUUCUCCAUGGCCGAAAUGGUCACCCUCGCCAACUCGACGCACCAAAUCCCCCGUUUCCGCACCGGCAUCCUCGUGAUACUGGACCUCGUGCUCUGCGCCCUCGGCAUGGUCUCCUUCUUCUACUUCAUGAUCAGCUGCCGCUGGCGCCCCGAGCAAGGCGCCGGCUGGCCCCGACACGACCCGUACCGCGACGAAAAAACCGUUUGGGCGCCCUGGUACGCCUGGCUCCAGCUCGCCGCUGCGCUCCUCCACUUCGUCUACAUGAUGAUGCACUGCGUCGAUGCGUGCCGUCAGUCGUCCCGGGAUCGGAGGAGACACGAGAGGCGGCGGCAUACGCAUCGGGUGCAAUGGGGUUAUUGA